UCUACUUUCAUCACAAUGUCCCCAAGUCCAGGAAAUCCGGGACGCUCUACUUUCAUCACAAUGUCCCAAGUCCAGGAAAUCCGGGUGUGCACCAACCGGAGUUGCCGGAGACAAGGUUCCAUGCAGACCCUUGAGACCAUCACGGCUCUUGCUGCCCCCACCGUCGCCGUCAUUUCCUGCGGCUAUUUGAGCCGCUGCGGCAACGGCCCCAACCUCGUGGCACUUCCAACUGCCACUUUGGUCGGUCACUGCGGCACAACUGCUCGAGCUGCCGAGGUCCUCGUCGCCCUUUGCGGAGGAGAUUGGGAUUCCGGAGCUGCUGACAAGAGCUUGGAAGCGCUUGCGCUGAGGAAUAAAGCUGAGAUUGAGCUCAACAACAUUUUCUCUCAGUCUGAGCUCUUCCUCUCACAGGCUAUAGAAUUAAGGCCAAUUGGUGGUAUUCAUAAUACAUUCAACUGAUUCAAGGACAGGUAACUAGUUUAACUCCAGUGUUGGUUAUAAGUUAAUUAAUUUGCUUAAUAAGUAUCAUGUGUUACCUUCCCCUGUCCU